AUGGAAAGUCUAGUCACAGCAGAAAACUACCUAACCAUUGCGGAGGAAACCAUAGCACUUUCUUCGAUAGUUGAUUUAUCAAGAGCUGUUGAGCAAUGUAAAGAAAUGGUCCUAGAGAGCCCAGAGUGCUCUGAGGAACGCAAGUGGCUGGUUCGACGGCUCAUUGAACUAAGGCUAAGGCUGCAGGAAGUGAAAGAACAGGAAAAGGAUUGCCCUUCACCAAACUACAAUGAAGUGAGAGUGGUACUUGGACAUCACUUCAUAAUACAAUCACAGCCUGCACCAACAACCAAGUAUCAUUGUGAUCGUUGCUGUGGUGUGAUAUGGAGUGUGGUGCAUUCAUGGUACCAGUGUGUGGACUGUAAGUAUAGCUGCCAUGUGAAGUGCCUUGCACAGGUGUGUCGGCUGUGUGCUCACGUGAAAGCUUCUGAAAAUCCGACAUAUAUUAUUGACAUUUGCCCAGAGCUAGGUUUAUCUGCCCAGGCAUACCGUUGUGCAGAGUGCAAAGCACAUAUCACAUUCACUUUCCCAAAAGGAUUGUCAUGUUUUGGACGGCCAUUUACAUCAGAGAACAGCUGGAUAGAACCACGUCUGUGUGACUAUGAUGGGCGAUACUAUUGCCCCACCUGCCAUUGGAACUCAACAGCUGUUAUCCCUUCAAGAGUUGUGCAUAAUUGGGAUUUUGAUGAACGGAGAGUGUGUCGAGCAUCAAAACAGCUGCUUCGGCUCAUGGAGAAGCGACCUGUGUUGAAUCUGCAGCAACUUAACCCCAGACUGUUUGGCUUUGUAGAGGAACUUAGUGUAGUUAAGAAAAUAAGAGAAGAUAUACUCAUAAUGAAGAAAUAUUUUGUGUCAUGUAAGAGUGCCAUUGAGAGUCGUCUCCUAUGGCAACUUCAAGAACGGCAGCAUUUUGUGGAAAAUGUUGACUCAUUCAGUCUGCAAGACCUCAUUGAUGUACACUCUGGUGAGCUCCUGCAGUAUUUAGAAAAGGUGCAGGCUGUGUUUAUCAAGCACAUCAAAGAGGACUGCAGAUUAUGUUAUGGGAGAGGCUUUGUGUGUGAAUUAUGUGAUGAUGAUGAAGUUAUUUUCCCUUUUGACUCGGCUACAGCCAUUUGUCAGAAGUGCUGUGCUGUGUUUCAUCGAAAUUGUUGGACUAAAAAGAAUCAUCAUUGUCCAAGGUGCAUUCGUAUACAGAAACGAGCGUCUUUACGCAGGGACAGUACUUCAAAUGAAGAAAAUUUUUCAAGUUGAAGUUGCAAUAUUUUCCUGAUAGCUGUGCACAAGUAAGAGUUGAGGAUGAAGGAAGGUUAUCUGUUUCUCACCCCAUGAACACUAAAGUUUGGAACCGUAUAUUAUUAGAUUUGCUUUGAUUCAUAUAAGACUUGGAUUUGAAAUCUUUCUUUUCAGUAAUUUUGAUCAGACAUGUAUGGAAGAUGAGUGUCACAGAUUUCCAGCUAUUGUUAAGAUUAAAAAACUAAGAAUUUCUGCAAUAUUAAACAUGUGAAUAUGAAUUUAAUGUGCAUAAGAACUUCUGUAGUUACUGUUUAUUUUCCAUUUGUAUAUUACCAAAAUUGUAGGAUGUAAACUGUAGAAGUUUGUAAACAGAUAAUUUUAUACAGUUUCUUGGCAUGUGUGCAUGCCAACACAGCCUUGCAAAUGACAUAAAGUCUAGGUUCUCUUUCCACAUGUAUUACAGCUUUUGUCAUAUUAAUGUCUCAUAUAGAAAUUGACAUGAAAUUGUUAAUAUAAACCAAUACUUUGGUUACACUGUGGUCCUUAUGACAUUCAGUGCAUCAUCAAAGACUCUGAAUUUAAUAUGUAUGGUUGGUUUACUGCCUGACUUCUUAUAUAUAACUUGUCUUCCUUGUAUAAUAUGAGUACAUCAGCAUUCACAGUACAUAAUUCCUAAGUCAUGCCGUAUAAAGUUGUUGCUGUUUCUAUAUUGAUAUGUUGUAAAAUCUUUUUUCCCCCUAAUUUGUGUGAUCUCUCUCACCUCAUUGGCCCCUGUUGAAAUUAACCCAUGUCUGUGUUGUGAACACCUUUAGAAUGAUUCUUGGUUUUGUAAUGACAAUAUUUCCAUCAGUCUAAAUUAAAAAUCAUAAAAUGUUAGUAUGAUGAACUGUAAAAGAUAUGGAAGAAAUUGGUUAUGGUCUAUUUUAAGGUACUGUCUUGGCACUUGCUUGGAGAGAGUGUGAAAAACCAUGAAAAACCUGUCAGGAUACCCAUCCUUCUGGCAGAGAUUUGAACCCAGGACCUCCUGAAUACAAAGCAGAAUUGCUUUAACAUCAACAUUUAGUAGCACAUUUAGGGUAAGUUCCAUUUACUCCACAAUUAGGAUGACAUUGUAGGUGAUAAUCAGCAUGUGGAGCCCUCAGCAUAACAUGGAGUUCUGGUUUCCAGCAUUCACAGCUUUGUAGCCUAGUCAAAUAUGAGAAAGAAGGAGAAGGCAUGGAAAAAUAGCAUCAAACCUAGAAGUUGUGUCAUGAGAAGCCAAUGCCUUACCUCCAGACCAUUAAUCUAUAACUUUUGUUCUUCUUUAUCUAAGCCAUGUCUGUAUUAUACUGUGGCUGGCAAUGGACUGAUUAUCCAGGGUUUGAUUUAUGGAUUUUUGUCUUCAUUGGAAUAUCCAGUUCCUAGGGUCCAAACACCCUUAAUUCAGUAUAGGUAAAGUGGAUAAAGCACAGAACUCCUCUCCUCAGAGGAGAUUUAUCCUUGCAUUUUUACAUGAGUUUACUGUUCUGCUGAAAUCUGAAACAUCAUUACAUGAUUUCCAUUAUCACUGUAGUGUAUCACCAUAACAGAUUCCUUUGCACAUGAUCAUUAAACCAGUAGUUAAUAUGUUGUUCUUGGCUGUGUGAUGAUCCCAAAUUGGACAGUACUACUAUUUUAUUCCAGGUCAAAAUACACCUGUUUCUGUAUGUCAGGUUUUAUCACAUUUUAUCACUGUAUCUGCUGUACAACAAUGGAAUGGGACAUAAAUGAAACAUUGAAAUAACAAGUG